UGAAAGUGCGAUGUUGUAACGCCACUUCAGCACAAUGCAGCUUGCCUGCCUGCUGUUAAUUCAACAUAUCCUGUUUCCUGUUCAAAUCUCUGAAAGGUCGCAGACACCAGUCAGAGAAGUCAAAGCAUUCAACGGAUGAAGCGAUGGUGUCCAACAGCACCGCCGCCUUCUCUCUGCCCGUCAGCACCUCAGCCAAAGUCGGCAUCGCCAUCCUGACCUUGGCCUUUGCGCUGGGCUUCCCCGGGAACCUCUUUGUGGUGUGGUCGGUGGUUUGUCGUGUCCAAAAGCGCUCAGUGACGUGCUUGCUGGUACUCAACCUGGCCGUUGCCGACGCCUUGGUGCUGCUCACGUCGCCCAUAUUCCUGCGUUACCUUGCUGGGGGGCAGGGAUGGGAGUUUGGCUCAGCGGCCUGCAAGCUGGUGCACUACCUGUGCAAUGUCAACAUGUACGUCUCCAUCUACCUCAUCUGCCUGAUGAGCAUGGAUCGCUGGCUGGCCGUCUCCCGGCCUUUCAUGUCCCAGAAGAUGCGGACUAAGCGCUCCCUGCUGUUUCUCCUCCUGGGAGUCUGGAUCAUGGCGUUCCUGCUGUCUCUUCCGAUGCCCUUCUACCGCAGCAACCUGAGGAAAGUGUUCCCGAACAAUGCCACGUUGAGAUUUUGCAUACCGUACCACUGGCGAAGUGUCGGUCAUCAGGUCUUUCAGUACACCUUCGAGACCAUCAUGGGCUGCCUGGUGCCCUUCUCCCUCAUCAACACGUGCUACUCGUCCGUGAUCUGCCGCCUCCAGAGCGCCAUGUUCCAUCGGCGGGGCAAAGGCAGCCGGCUGAUCCUGAUGAUCAUCUGUACCUUUGCCGUUUUCUGGCUGCCGUAUCACAUCGUCAAUAUCAUCGAGGUGAUUCCGUCAACCUCCGAGGUCAGGGGUCGGCAACCCAAAAUGUUG